UAUCACUUCCUUUUCUCUAGAUUGUGUUACGUUUCGCUUCUGCAUUAGACUGGGGAAAGGAAACUGAAGCUGGCAUUCUGUCACAAGAUUUCAGAACUGCAAGAUCAACAUGAGCUAUGACAAACACAUCCUCUGGGCCUGCACCGCUGCUCUUGUCACUGGUUGGGUCCUCACGUAUGAUAACGGACUCUGCUCUGGGACUGUCACGAGGCACUCAUGCAACUGGACUUGUAUGCAGCUCACUCUUCAGUGGCCUGGGAGUUUCUGUAUAGGUCUUAACAACAAAACCAUUUGCCAAAUACCUCAGACUGUUUCCAAUUGGACCAUCCAUGGCCUGUGGCCUAUGCAUACAGGUCACUGCUGUGACUGCUGGCCGGUAUUUCAUUCCCAUCUUCAGGAAAUUGAGCCUGAACUCACUCAGCUCUGGCCAUCAUUUAUAAAAGGAAAACACUACUUCUACUUCUGGAGGGAGGAAUGGAUUAAACACGGGACGUGUGCAGGCUGCGAGGAGACCAUGGGCUCACCGUUUUUUUAUUUCCAAGCCGCAGUCAAACUUCGGAAACUCUUUGACAUUGAUAGUGUCUUGGAAAGCGUUGGAAUCAAAACCUCAUGUGAUGUGUCGUAUAAGCAUGAGGACAUACGUGGUGCUCUGACCCCGCUGCUUGGAAACGACUAUGAUUUGCAAUGUGUGACAGACAGCAAGGGUCGUGAAGCGUGGAUGCAGCUGAAGAUCCAUCUCUUCAGGAACCAAACCCUUGGAUGCCACAAACAAGAACAAGAGGAAAAGUUCAAUACGUUGGCGUGGUUUAACAGCCCAGCACAUCCCUGUCCAAUGAACACCACCAUUUUUUAUGUUCCAAUUAACUAUGAAAAUCCUCAUGAGCCCUGUAACUAAGAAGCUGUAGCUAUAGACUUUCACUAUGUUCUUAUGUUUGACUAUCCUUUCAGUUCUCAGACCUGAUGCAUUUAUUUAAAGAAAAAUGCUAUGUAAUUCCUGAAGUAUUCAAACUUUGUGUAUCUUUCAAAUUAGUAAAAAAUAAAUAAAUAUGCAAAUCACAGGGGUUAAAGUGUUUUGAAAGACCUUUAAUGCACUCAGAAUAUACACCAACUGUCAAUGACAUUAAAGGUUCAGAAUGGACCAUGAUAUUGAAUAAACUUCAAACUAGUGGCGCAGGGCACAGCGCUUUAACUCUGCUGGAGCUCAAAUCACUCGUAAGUGAAUAAAAAUGGAAUUCCUCUUUAUGGUCGAUGUUCCAAGUAUUGGCAGGCAGUAAAAGGGUUUAAAAUGAACGGUCAACAGCUAUUAAAUAUUUCAUGCGAACACUCAGGAUGGAUGGAUUUAGGAACUCACAGUUCACAUUUUAUUUGACAUGGGAAUCAAUUUGCCAAAAAGUACGUUUCUACACCACAGAAGAAACAGAAAAUAGACUUUCCACUAAAAUUUAACUAAUUAAAAAAAAAAAAAAAAAAAAAAAAAAAAAAAAA